CUAUUGUAUUAGUCUGUUGUCCAAAAGGUGGGAGCAACAAGAGAAGCAAGGCUCUACCCAAUUCAGAAGAUGCUUUAUACGAUAUGCCAAAACUGGAUGCCAUUUCUCUGAUAUUCAACUCCAUAUUUGGUUGACUAACACCCUUUAUUAAUGCAAUGGAAGACUGGUGUCAGUGACUGGAUCCAUCAGGGCACUUUACAAAGAGGCUAACUCAGGACAGUUUUGGACUAACUCACGUGUGCAGCACAGUUUAAAAAAUGGGUGACGCAGCCAUGAAGGAGUUUGGGGCUGCAGCUUCUUUUCUGAGAAAAUCAGACAAGGAGCGCCUUGAAGCUCAAACUCGACCAUUUGAUAUGAAGAAGGAAUGUUUUGUUCCGGAUCCAGAGGUUGAGUAUGUCAAGGCUUCUAUAACAUCAAGAGAUGGUGACAAAGUCACAGCUCAAACUGAAAAAGGGAAGACUGUAACAGUAAAGGAGUGUGACGUACACCCCCAGAACCCACCAAAGUUUGAUAAAAUUGAAGACAUGGCGAUGUUCACCUUCCUCCACGAGCCUGCUGUGCUGUUUAACCUCAAAGAGCGUUAUGCCGCAUGGAUGAUCUAUACCUACUCUGGGCUGUUCUGUGUGACUAUCAACCCCUACAAGUGGCUGCCAGUCUACAACCAAGAAGUGGUUGCUGCCUACAGAGGAAAGAAGAGGAGUGAAGCUCCUCCUCAUAUCUUCUCCAUCUCUGACAAUGCCUACCAGUACAUGCUGUCAGACAGAGAAAAUCAGUCCAUCCUAAUCACUGGAGAAUCUGGUGCUGGAAAGACUGUCAAUACAAAACGUGUCAUUCAGUAUUUUGCCAGCAUUGCUGCAGUACCAAGUGGGAAGAAAGAUGCAGUAGCUGAGAAGAAGGGAACCCUGGAAGAUCAAAUCAUCCAGGCCAACCCUGCUCUGGAGGCCUUUGGAAAUGCCAAAACCAUAAGAAAUGACAACUCCUCCAGAUUUGGCAAAUUUAUCAGAAUUCACUUUGAUAAUCGUGGGAAGCUUGCUUCUGCCGACAUUGAGACUUAUCUCCUGGAAAAGUCUCGUGUGACGUUUCAACUCAAAGCGGAGAGAGACUACCAUAUUUUCUACCAGAUUCUUUCUCAAGUUAAACCGGAGUUAUUGGAAAUGUUGCUGAUCACCAAUAACCCCUAUGACUACGCCUUCAUCUCCCAAGGAGAGACGACUGUAGCUUCCAUCAAUGAUGGUGAAGAGCUCAUGGCAACUGAUGAUGCUUUUGAUGUGCUGGGCUUCACUCAAGAGGAGAAGAACAGUAUUUACAAACUGACAGGGGCUGUUAUGCACUAUGGAAACAUGAAGUUCAAGCAGAAGCAACGCGAGGAGCAGGCAGAGGCUGAUGGAACUGAAGAUGCUGACAAAGUUGCAUAUCUGAUGGGCCUAAACUCAGCUGAUCUGAUUAAAGGGCUGUGUCACCCAAGAGUUAAGGUUGGAAAUGAGUGGGUCACCAAAGGACAGAAUGUUGCUCAGGUGUACUAUGCUAUUGGAGCACUAUCAAAGUCAGUGUAUGAGAAGAUGUUUUUGUGGAUGGUGCUGAGGAUUAACCAGUCCCUGGACACCAAGCAAUCUCGUCAGUACUUUAUUGGUGUCUUGGACAUCGCUGGGUUUGAGAUUUUUGAUUUCAACACCUUUGAGCAGCUGUGCAUCAACUUCACAAAUGAAAAACUGCAACAGUUUUUCAACCACCACAUGUUUGUACUGGAGCAAGAAGAGUACAAGAAAGAAGGCAUUGAAUGGAUCUUCAUAGACUUUGGCAUGGAUUUACAGGCCUGUAUUGACCUAAUUGAAAAGCCCAUGGGUAUCAUGUCCAUCCUUGAAGAGGAGUGCAUGUUUCCAAAAGCCAGUGAUGCCACAUUUAAAGCAAAGCUUUAUGACAAUCAUUUGGGAAAAUCCAACAACUUUCAGAAGCCCAGGGUCAUCAAAGGAAGACCUGAAGCCCAUUUCUCUCUGGUUCAUUAUGCUGGGACAGUGGAUUAUAAUAUCAACAACUGGCUGGUGAAGAACAAGGACCCUCUGAAUGAGACUGUUGUGGGACUUUACCAAAAGUCAAACCUUAAGUUACUGUCUUUGCUUUUCGCUGGGUAUUCAGGAACUGAUGCAGAUUCUGGGAAGGGAAAAGGUACAAAGAAGAAAGGUUCUUCUUUUCAAACUGUUUCUGCCUUACACAGGGAGAACCUGAACAAGCUGAUGACCAACCUGAGGUGCACUCACCCUCACUUUGUGCGUUGCAUCAUCCCAAAUGAGACCAAAACUCCUGGGGCCAUGGAGAACCCUCUGGUGAUGCACCAGCUGCGCUGUAACGGUGUGCUGGAAGGCAUCAGGAUCUGCAGGAAAGGAUUCCCCAACCGGGUCCUGUAUGGAGACUUUAAGCAGAGAUAUCGUAUACUAAACCCAAAUGCCAUUCCUGAGGGUCAAUUUAUUGAUAACAAAAAGGCAGCAGAGAAACUUCUAGGCUCAUUGGAAAUUGAUCACAACCAGUACAAACUGGGUCACACUAAGGUGUUCUUCAAAGCUGGACUCCUUGGACAGCUUGAGGAGAUGCGUGAUGAUCGUUUAGCGCUUAUCAUUACUGGGAUUCAGGCACAGUCCAGAGGCCUUUUGGCAAGGAUUGAAUUCCAGAAAAUUGUUGAAAGAAGAGAUGCCCUCCUUGUGAUCCAGUGGAAUAUUCGUGCUUUCAUGGGGGUAAAAAAUUGGCCUUGGAUGAAAAUGUAUUUUAAAAUUAAACCAUUGUUAAAAUCUGCAGAAACAGAGAAAGAAAUGGCAAAUAUGAAAGAAGAGUUUACAAAAUUAAAGGAAGCUUUUGCAAAGUCUGAAGCUCGUAGAAAGGAACUAGAAGAAAAAAUGGUGACUCUUCUCCAAGAGAAGAAUGACCUUCAACUCCAAGUUCAAGCAGAGCAAGACAAUCUUGGUGAUGCUGAAGAAAGAUGUGAAGGUCUAAUCAAAAGUAAAAUUCAACUUGAAGCAAAGAUCAAAGAGCUGACUGAAAGGUUGGAGGAUGAAGAGGAGAUGAAUGCAGAACUCACUGCAAAGAAAAGGAAGCUGGAAGACGAGUGCUCUGAGCUGAAGAAAGACAUUGAUGAUCUAGAGCUAACACUAGCUAAAGUGGAGAAGGAGAAACACGCCACUGAGAAUAAGGUCAAAAACCUGGUUGAAGAAAUGGCUGCUCUGGAUGAAAUCAUAGCUAAACUGACCAAAGAGAAGAAAGCCUUACAGGAAGCUCAUCAGCAAACACUGGAUGACCUGCAGAGUGAGGAAGACAAAGUCAACACUCUGACCAAGGCUAAGACAAAGCUGGAGCAACAAGUUGAUGAUCUUGAAGGAUCCCUGGAGCAAGAGAAAAAGGUCCGUAUGGAUCUUGAAAGAGCAAAACGUAAACUUGAGGGAGACCUGAAAUUAGCUCAGGAAAGUCUCAUGGAUCUGGAAAAUGACAAACAACAACUUGAGGAGCGGCUGAAAAAAAAAGACUUCGAAUUGAGCCAACUUAAUGGCAAGAUAGAGGAUGAACAAGCAAUAAAUGCACAACUCCAGAAAAAACUAAAAGAGUUGCAGGCCCGUAUUGAAGAGCUGGAAGAAGAGCUUGAAGCAGAGCGAGCAGCCCGAGCCAAAGUAGAGAAGCAGAGAGCAGACUUAGCCAGAGAACUGGAGGAGAUCAGUGAGAGACUGGAGGAGGCCGGGGGAGCAACAUCUGCCCAGAUUGAGAUGAACAAGAAGAGGGAAGCUGAAUUUCAGAAACUGCGGAGGGACCUGGAAGAGGCCACUCUGCAGCACGAGGCCACCGCUGCCACUCUCAGGAAGAAACAAGCCGACAGUGUGGCUGACCUGGGAGAGCAGAUCGAUAACCUCCAGAGAGUCAAGCAGAAACUAGAGAAAGAGAAGAGUGAACUGCGACUGGAGCUUGAUGAUGUGGUCUCCAAUAUGGAGCAGACUGUCAAGAGCAAAAAUCAUCUGGAGAAAAUGUGCAGGUCCCUUGAGGACCAGAUGAAUGAAUAUAAAACUAAGGCUGAAGAGGGACAGAGAACCAUCAAUGACUUCACCAUGCACAAAGCAAAGCUUCAAACUGAGAAUGGUGAACUUGUCAGGCAGCUUGAAGAAAAAGAUUCACUGGUUUCUCAACUCACCAGAGGAAAACAAUCUUACACACAACAGAUUGAAGAUCUCAAACGGCAGUUGGAAGAAGAAGUCAAGGCAAAGAAUGCAUUAGCUCAUGCAGUGCAAUCUUCCCGCCAUGACUGUGACCUGCUCAGAGAGCAAUAUGAAGAGGAGCAGGAGGCCAAAGGUGAACUGCAGCGAAGUAUGUCCAAAGCAAACUCUGAAGUGGCACAGUGGAGAACUAAGUACGAAACUGAUGCCAUCCAGAGGACUGAAGAACUGGAGGAGGCAAAAAAGAAGUUGGCUCAGCGUCUGCAGGAGGCUGAGGAGGCAGUGGAAGCAGUUAAUGCCAAGUGCUCCUCUCUGGAGAAGACCAAACACAGACUCCAGAAUGAGAUUGAAGAUCUCAUGGUGGACGUGGAGAGGUCUAAUGCUGCUGCAGCUGCUCUGGACAAGAAACAAAGAAACUUUGACAAAGUCUUGUCCGAGUGGAAACAAAAAUACGAAGAGUCGCAGACAGAGCUGGAGAGCUCUCAGAAAGAAGCCAGGUCUCUAAGUACUGAGCUCUUCAAGCUGAAGAACUCCUACGAAGAAUCUUUGGAGCAUCUGGACACCAUGAAGAGAGAGAACAAAAAUCUACAAGAGGAAAUAUCUGACUUGACUGAGCAAAUCGGUGAGAGUGGAAAAAGUAUUCAUGAGCUUGAAAAGAUACGAAAACAGUUGGAACAAGAAAAGUCUGAAAUACAGACAGCACUGGAGGAGGCGGAGGCCUCUCUAGAGCAUGAGGAGGGAAAGAUUCUAAGAGUUCAGCUUGAGUUCAACCAAGUGAAGGCUGAAAUUGAGCGCAAGUUGGCUGAGAAAGAUGAAGAGAUGGAGCAGGCCAAGAGAAACCAACAGCGAAUUGUAGAUACUCUUCAGAGCUCUCUGGAGGCUGAGACUCGCAGCAGAAAUGAAGCUCUUCGUUUAAAGAAAAAGAUGGAAGGAGACCUCAAUGAGAUGGAGAUCCAGCUCAGCCAAGCCAACAGGCAGGCAGCUGAGGCUCAGAAACAACUCAAAUCUGCCCAUGCCCAUCUGAAGGAUGCUCAACUGCAGCUGGAUGACUCUCUUCGUGCCAAUGAUGAUCUGAAGGAAAACAUUGCCAUGGUUGAGAGACGCCAUAAUUUGCUUCAAGCAGAGGUUGAAGAGCUAAGAGCUGCUCUGGAGCAAACUGAGAGAAGCCGCAAACUUGCUGAACAAGAGUUGCUGGAUGUAUCUGAGAGAGUGCAGUUACUGCACUCACAGAACACCAGUCUGAUUAACCAAAAGAAGAAGCUGGAGGCUGAUACAUCCCAGCUUCAGACUGAAGUGGAGGAGGCAGUGCAGGAGUGCAGAAACGCAGAGGACAAGGCCAAGAAGGCCAUCACUGAUGCAGCCAUGAUGGCAGAGGAGCUGAAGAAAGAGCAGGACACCAGUGCUCACCUGGAGCGAAUGAAGAAGAACAUGGAGCAGACCAUCAAAGACCUGCAGCACCGUCUGGAUGAGGCUGAACAAAUCGCGAUGAAGGGAGGCAAGAAGCAGAUACAGAAGCUAGAGGCCAGGAUUAAAGAAUUGGAGACUGAAAUAGAGGCUGAACAGAGGAAGUCCAGUGAUGCAGUGAAGGGAAUAAGAAAAUAUGAGAGACGAAUCAAAGAGCUGACCUAUCAGACUGAGGAGGACCGUAAGAACAUUGCUCGUCUUCAAGACUUGGUUGACAAGUUGCAGCUGAAAGUUAAGGCCUACAAGAGAGCCACCGAGGAGGCAGAGGAACAAGCCAACAAUAACCUGACAAAGUUCCGUAAGAUUCAACAUGAGCUUGACGAAGCUGAAGAGAGAGCUGACAUUGCAGAGUCUCAGGUCAAUAAGUUGCGUGCUAAAAGUCGUGACGUGGGUUCAAAGAAAGGUCAUGAUGAGGAAUAAAGUUUAACCUCUGAGACACAGUAUGGUGCCUCCUUAAGCAUGCUAGUUGUAGAAAAAGAAUAAAUACUAUCAGCAUCUCA